UUCUUUUUUGUUGUUUUUCAUGGAUUUCUUAAACGACAACCUACAUUUCAUAAAUAAAAUAUACAUCUUCGUGUGAUCUUGUUUCCAAUACAAGAAAUAAACGGAAGAGGCUUCAUUUUCCCUCUUUCUUUCUUCCUUUUUUUUUCGUUGUGUAUAUAUAUAUAUGUGCGUGCGUGUGCUUGUGUGUUUGUGUUUGCUUUGAAUAAAAGAGGUGAUUUCAAGAAGACAAAAUAAAAAAAAUGUUGAGAAUCAAUAUUUUGGGAUUGAUAGUCUUGUUCUUAUUUUCUCUAUCUUCCGUUAGGGCCGCUGUUACAUACGAUGACAAAGCGAUCAUUAUUAAUGGGAACCGAAGGAUUCUCAUUUCAGGUUCCAUUCACUAUCCCAGAAGCACUCCUGAGAUGUGGCCUGAUAUUAUACAGACGGCUAAAAAUGGAGGCUUAGAUGUUAUACAAACUUACGUGUUUUGGGAUGGGCACGAGCCUUCUCCUGGAACUUAUAAUUUUGAGGGGCGGUUCGAUAUUAUCAAGUUCAUCAAACUGGUACAGCAGGCUGGCCUUUAUGUUAAUCUUCGCAUUGGGCCCUACGCUUGUGCAGAGUGGAAUUUCGGGGGAUUCCCAGUUUGGCUAAAGUAUGUACCGGGAAUAGAAUUCAGAACAGACAAUCAGCCUUUCAAGGCGGCCAUGCAAGGAUUCGUUGAAAAAAUCGUCAGCAUGAUGAAGUCGGAAAAUUUGUUCGAGCCUCAGGGAGGACCCAUAAUUAUGUCACAGAUAGAAAACGAAUAUGGUCCAAUCGAGUGGGAAAUUGGUGCACCGGGCAAAGCUUAUUCAGCUUGGGCAGCAAAAAUGGCUGUUGGACUUGAUAUUGGUGUUCCAUGGAUCAUGUGUAAACAAGAAACUGCUCCCGAUCCCAUGAUAGAUACAUGCAAUGGUUUCUAUUGUGAAGGCUUCACCCCUAACAAGCCUUAUAAACCGAAAAUGUGGACUGAAGUCUGGAGUGGCUGGUAUACACAGUUUGGUGGCGCUAUUCCUUACAGGCCUGCCGAAGAUUUAGCUUUCUCAGUAGCUAGGUUCGUCCAAAAUAACGGUUCAUUCUUCAAUUAUUACAUGUACCAUGGAGGAACCAACUUUGGUCGAACAUCUGGUCGAUUCAUUGCCACCAGCUACAAUUUUGAUGCUCCGUUAGAUGAAUAUGGACUUCCAAAUGAGCCAAAAUGGUCCCACUUGACAAAUUUACACAAAGCGAUUAAGCAAUGUGAACCAGCUUUAGUUUCUUCGUAUCCGAUAGUCACAUGGCCCGGUAAUAAUCAAGAGGUGCAUGUCUUUAAAUCACAAUCGGGCGCUUGUGCAGCAUUUCUUUCGAAUUACGAUCCCACAUUUGCAGCAAAAUUGACCUUUCAGAAUAUGGAAUAUGAUUUGCCUCCCUGGUCGAUCUCCAUUUUGCCCGAUUGCAAAACCGAAGUCUACAACACUGCCAAAAUUAGCUUUAAGGGAUCAAAGGCUAAGAUGACAACUGUUAGCAGUGGAUUUUCUUGGCAGUCGUAUACCGAAAAUACCCCUUCUGCUGACGACAAAGACACACUUGCAAUGCAAAAUUUAUGGGAGCAAGUAAAUGUUACCAGAGACUCCUCCGAUUACUUAUGGUAUCUCACUCAAGUUGAAAUUGCGUCUGAUGAGGGAUUUCUAAAGAGUGGAGAAUGGCCUCUUCUCACAGCUAUGUCUGCAGGACAUGUCUUGCAUGUCUUUAUCAACGGCCGCUUAUCAGGAACCGUAUACGGCAGCCUGGAUAAUCCAAAACUGACGUAUAAUGGCAAAGUGAAUUUAAGAGCCGGCAUUAACAAAAUCUCGUUACUUAGUGUUGCUGUGGGACUACCAAAUGUAGGCUUGCACUACGAAACAUGGAAUGCCGGAGUUCUUGGUCCCGUCACUUUAAGCGGUCUCAACGAGGGUACAGCAGAUUUAACCAAGCAAACCUGGACUUACAAAGUUGGCACGAAAGGCGAAUCGCUCAAACUCGAUAGUAUCGCAGGAAGUUCUUCAGUUCAAUGGGUCGAAGGGUCCCUCUUAGCUAAGAAAACACCUCUAACAUGGUACAAGACAAGGUUUGAUGCACCGACGGGGAACGAUUCGUUGGGUAUAGAUAUGUUGGGUAUGACAAAAGGUGAAAUAUGGAUAAACGGGGAAAGCAUAGGAAGACAUUGGCCUGGAUAUACAGUUAAAGGCAAAUGCAACGACGACUGUAAUUAUGCCGGAACUUUCACCGAAACUAAAUGCUUAACUGGUUGUGGCCAGCCUUCUCAGAGAUGGUAUCACGUGCCUCGUUCGUGGCUGAAAGAGAGUGGGAAUAUGCUUGUAGUGUUUGAAGAAUGGGGUGGUGACCCCAGUGGAAUAUCCCUUGUUAAGAGAACAGCAUAAACAUGAUAUGCAGAAUUAAACAUCCAUUUUAAUAAACCAGACAUAUAAUAGAGUUCUUCCUUAGA